AUGAACUCCUUCCUGAACUCGUGGCAGCUUGAUACCGCCACGGUAGAGCUGGACUUGCCAGCCGUCACUGCAGCUUGCGAGAGCGCAACGGAGGUUAUGGAGGAUCUGACGUUUGUAGCUUCCAACGCAAGUGCUACUAACGACGACCCGCUGCGAGCGCAGUGCACACGCUUCAUCUCUCGACUCCAAGAGCUUGUUGUUAAAAAAGUGGACCUCACCACUGCGCAUGUGCUCCAGUACGCUGACGAGUACGCAGACUUGUCGUCUACAAUGUCGAACAACGCUAAUCCGUCUCGUGGAGAGGUGAAACUAGCUAGUGCGUCUCCCAACACGGGCUGGGUGCAGCUUGGCCUGUGGGUUAACCUGCUUGCCAAGGGAUCUUCGCGUAACAAGCGCGUAGAAUUUCCAGAGCUGGGUGUAUACGUCGAUCUCCCGAAAGCUGUCAUCACUCAAUCCUUAGCGCUUCGUGUGACUCGUUGGCCGUUUGACGCGUUCUCGUCAUUGUCACAAGGUGGUGGUAGUGAUAUAGCGCUGGGUGGAGUCUUCACACUGGAGUUGCUAGCUGUGCCGUCACCUCCGAAGCGUGCGCGUGGCUGGAUCAUGCGGGAGGUACCAGAUGCACGUGAACAGCUUAAGCGACUGCAUUAUCCUUUGGAUGGGAUGGUCGUUUCUGCUGCUUUACCGAUCAAAGCUAGUCUCACAUUGCCCAAGGACGUGCUGUAUGCUCCGACGACAUGCAUCCGUGCUGGAAGUGCUGAACUUCCUCGGAUUGGCUGGUGGGAUGCUACACGAAUGCGUUGGGAAGAAGAAGGUGUGACCGACGUCGUCUACCGAGAAGAAAUCAACUCCGUGAGCUUCAGUACAUUGCGUUUGACUCACUUGGCAUUACUUGUUCGACGUGAUCGCAACUAUCAUAAACGGUCGUGGAGACUCUGUAUGGACACCAAUAUGCGUGCACGGUUAACACUGAACACGGCGAUGUUUCCCCGAAUUCAGUUUGAGAUCACGCUACAAGGUGCCAGACUCGUAGAGCCAGCACUUCCACAGCUCGAAGCCUUGAGAAAGGAAGCAAUGCCUCCCGAAGAAUUAUUGACGCGUCUUGCUCGUGCUGGAGUUGAUUUAUCAACUCGACAUGGUUUUGUGCCCAAACUCAAGAUGCUGGAAGAUCGAGUAGUUGACGAGAUUGCAACUGUGGUCGCGGGUUUUGAGAUCACCGAUGGCCACGGGGAUGCUCUAACGAAUGGUACGACAGCCACACGCUGGCCAGGGGCGGUUGGCAGCUGCAAACAGAUCGUGUUCUCAGUCAAAGAAAUGGCGUGGCCAUACAUGAUGGACGAGCAUGAAGGCAAUCAGCAGCAGGCUGGAGAAGACGAAGCCAUCAAUGUCGCUACGAGUGCUGCGAGUGUUCUGGUGCUAGCUGAGGUUGACGAAGAGGCUAGUGGCGGCUGUGAAGACAUUUACGACACACACGUGCAUCUUCGACGAGCUCUGGACGAGAUCUCGUCUCCGGAUGCUCGCGAUCGAAUGGACAACUCACACGUCUUGUUUGAACUGACACUGCAGAAGAUGCUGCGUCUUCUUCGUCUGCUCAGCUACUCGCAGCCAUCUCAAGACAGAGGUGAGGACGAGGAAGAGACACUUACAACAAGUGCUGCAGAGUCUACUACAAAACCGAACGGCAAGGCUAAAGAAGACCCUCACGACGCUGUGACAUCUGGUCAUGCAGCUCAAGAAGGAGGCGAAGCUAGCGCAGUGCCGAUUGAGACCAGCUGA